AGCACUGCGGACCGAGGAGCUCGGGGUGCUCGGGGGAGGGUGCAGGGGGCCGCCCACCAGGUGCCAGGUGCACCCAGAACAGCCGACGGCGGUGGAGGCGGGGCGCGCUGGGGCAGCAGAUGCCCUGCGCUCUUGCUCCUUUCUUGCAUCACCUGCGCGCCCCGCGGCUCUGGCCUGGGUUCAAGGGCGCGUGGUAUUUAAAUGUGCACGAGGCAGAGGCGUCCAGCUGCGGGGGGCGGGGGGGUUCUCCGGCGUCCCCAGCUCUGCGCGCAGAAAUGGAGACAGCAGCCCCAGGCCCCUCGCCCUGAGCGCGCGGCUCCCUCGCCCGUAUUUUUCCAGAGCCCAACCUGGGGACUGGACCCAGGGGUCGCUGUACCGCCCCUUUUUUGGUAUCUUAGUUGCAGACUGCGUCUCCCCGAGUGGCUUAGCUCCCCACCACGUUGCUGAGGCUGGCCUCCAACUUGCAAACCUCCUGCCCCAGCCUCCUGAGCCCCUGGGAUGACACGGGUGCAGAUCUUUUCCCCCAAGGUGUGCGGGGAGCUUAGAACGGGAAGCACCCAGAUGGCCGCGGGUUGGACUCUCUGUCCGGCACCCACUCCUCGGGCGCAGGUGCUUCCUGCUGAUAGAUUCGCUCGCAGGGUGCGCCCAGGGCCAAAGGGCCAACGCCCGCUCUCGGCGGCCCUGAGGGUCCCUGGGGCUGGUCCUGGGAGCAGAGGGCGCCCCAGGGCCGCCCGGGAGCCCAUGCAGGGUCUGUGCUGGACGCGGAGACCCCGGCCCCUGCGUGCAUUUUAACAGGCUCCUUCUGCAAAUCCACGUGCGCCCCGGUGGCUGGUCUGUUUGGUUUCACUUUCCUGCUUAACAGGGCCAAGGCCUUUUCCUCCAUCCCCCGAGGCAGAGGGAAGGCGUGUGCCUCGGGACCCCUGAAAUGACCCCCAGAGGGGCUUUGGGAGGCCCCUCGGCCGGAUGGGCACAGAGAGCGUCCCUGUUCGGCUCCAGGCCCUGGCGUCCCCGGGCGGGUCCCUGCACCACUGAACGCAGGAGCGCGCGGUGCGGAUUGUCCGGCCCCGAGGAGGUGGCCCUUGCAGAUCAGCGAAGAAAAGAAAGGGCGGACACUUGAGUCCAAGUCGGGUGGCGUGGUCAGCAACCCCCGGGGGGGACCGGUCACUCAGCUGGACAGGCAGGAAACUCAGCAGGGGCUGAGGCUGCAGAGGUGCUGGACGCGGAGAUCUUCUCCAGGGGACGCCAAUGUUUGGCCUUAGAUCCUUGGAAGGACCUGAUCCCCCGUGGACAGAGACCUGUGGAGACCGGUGAUAGAUAGACACGUGUCUAUAUAGAUGAUUGACAGGUGUGCACCUAGAUGACCACCGGGGAGGUUUCUAGACAAGUGGCCGAUGGAUAGAUGCAGCCUUACACAGGGUUCCUUUGUCUAGGGGGAAACCUCAGACUUUGUUCCUCGGCCCUUCGACUGAUUGGACGAGGCCCACCCCCACCGGAUUUUCGACUUAAGUCAUCCCAGAAACACCCUCCCGGGAGGGUCCACUCGCCGUCCCUGCGCCUCGUGGACACUGACCCCGACUGGCCACGGGGCUCAGCACCCGCGAUGGAACCUCCCCGCAGGGUUAAACAGAGACCCCCCAGACAGACAUCUGGGUUUCCCCGACUCUGACGCCCCGCAUUCGGGUUGCAUAACCCGUCCCCCCCCGUCCCCCCAAAGAGGUGAGCAUAUUUGGAAAAGGUGACAGGAACUCAUUUGCAAAGUCAAGAAAGGGAACCAGAUACAAGCUGGGUGGCAGAUGGCCCUGUGGAAGCAGAGCCGGGUCCCCCGUCGGCUCCGCCAUUUCAGCAGCAGCAUCGCGGACGGUAAGUCCCAAGCCUUCUUCUGGGGCCGCUCGGACAGUAUCCACCUGCCCUUCACUUUGGGGGACCCGGUUGGGGACACGCUGAUGGGUUUCUAAAACGCCCCAGAGACCCACACGGGGUGCGUUAGGUCACCUAAAUGACCCCCCGAGGGGCUUUGGGAGCCCCCUUGGCGGGAUGGGCACAGAGAGCGUCCCUGUGCACACAGACUUAUCUGUGCCAGAUCCUGGAGCGUCCCUCCACCAUUUCCUCCAACCUCCACAUGCCCCCAAACCAGGGAGUUGGGGACAGACACGGGGGCACGUGCCUGAGAUCCCAGCUACUCAGGAGGCUGAGGCAGGAGGACCACACGGUGGAGGCCAGCCUCGGCACCUUAGCAAAUAAAAAAUCUAGGCCGGGUGCGGUGGCCCACGCGGUCACCCAGCGGCUGGGGAGGCUGAGGUGGGAGGCCACAGCGAGGCUCUAAGCGGCUCAGGGAGGCCCUGUCACUAAAUAAGAUGCCCAAUAUGGCUGGGGACGGGGCCCAGGGGGUGGGGGGCCCCGAGUUCAACUCUCAGCCCUAGAGAAGGAAAACAAAAAGUGGGUUUUGUUUUAGUUUUGAGGCUCCGGAUGGGACCCAGCGCCCUGUGCUUGGUAAGGACAUCUGAACCUCAGAGCCACCGUCCCAGACCCCGAGAUUCUGUGGGACUUAAAAUCCAUCACAGUAAAUGGGUCUUCGGGGGUGGGGGAGGGGAGAGGCCACAGGGACCCUAAUUUGCCUUCCCCUGGGUGGCCCCCCGAUGGCAGCUCCCAGGUGGAGCCAGGUGCCUGGGUGACGGGCAGUCCCUGGGGCAGCCGAGCCACCCCUCUGGACCAGCCCCCACCUCCGUGUAGCCAGGCAAAUGCGUCCGGUCUCCCGGGACCCUGAUUCGGCGGGGGGACCUCGAUUUGACCCUGUGCAAAUGAGGAACCAGCCUGAGAGCCAGGCCGGCCUCUGGGACAUCCCUUCCCACCCUGGAGGUGACCCAGAACACCUCUCCCGGGCUUGGAAGCGAGGUCGCUGGGCGAUGUGCAGCGUCCUCGGCGACCCAAGGUGGAAGCCAGCGCAGCGUCCCUCACGACACGCUCCCUCAACUUCCAGGGAGAAAGACAUAGAGAAGGAGCAAAGGAGCUUCCAGGUGCUCAGAGGCCUGAGUGCCAAGGGGCAGGCCCGCGAGGAUGAGCGCGCGUCCGCGGCGGCGGUGAUGGGGCCGGUGGACAUGAACGUGAGCGGCCCGGACAACGCGACGCUGCAGAUGCUGCGCAACCCGGCGAUCGCCGUGGCGCUGCCCGUGGUCUACUCGCUGGUGGUGCUGGUCAGCAUCCCGGGCAACCUCUUCUCGCUGUGGGUGCUGUGCCGCCACAUCGGGCCCAAGUCGCCGUCGGUCAUCUUCAUGAUCAACCUGAGCGUCACGGACCUGAUGCUGGCCAGCGUGCUGCCCUUCCAGAUCUACUACCACUGCAACGGCCACCACUGGGUGUUCGGCGAGGUCCUCUGCAACGUGGUCACCGUGGCCUUCUACGCCAACAUGUACUGCAGCAUCCUCACCAUGACCUGCAUCAGCGUCGAGCGCUUCCUGGGCGUCGUCCACCCGCUCAGCUCCGCGCGCUGGCGCCGCCGCCGCUACGCGCUGGCCGCCUGCGCGGGCACCUGGGCGCUGCUGCUGGCCGCGCUCUUCCCGCUGGCGCGCACGGACCUCACCUACGAGGUGGACGCGCUGGGCAUCGUCACGUGCUUCGACGUGCUCAAGUGGACCAUGCUGCCCAGCGUGGCCAUGUGGGCCCUGUUCCUCUUCACCAUCUUCGUGCUCCUCUUCCUCAUCCCCUUCGUGGUCACCGUGGCCUGCUACACGGCCACCAUCACCAAGCUGCUGCGCACGGCCGACGGCGGCCACGACCAGGGCCAGCGGCGGCGCGCCGUGUGCCUGGCCGCCGUAGUGCUGCUGGCCUUCGUCACCUGCUUCGCGCCCAACAACUUCGUGCUGCUGGUCCACAUGGUCAGCCGGCUCUUCUUCGGCCGCAGCUACUACCACGUGUACAAGCUGACCCUCUGCCUCAGCUGCCUCAACAACUGCCUGGACCCCUUCGUCUACUACUUCGCCUCCCGCGAGUUCCAGCUGCGCCUGCGCCACUACCUGGGCUACGGCCGCCUGCCCAGCGACAGCCUGGACACGACGCGCAGGGACAGCCUCUUCUCCGCCAGGACGCUCUCGGCGCGCUCCAUGUCCGCCGGCCCCGGGGACGCGCUCGACGGCACCGGCCGGCCCGGCCUCAAGAGGCAGGAGAGCGUCUUCUGAGCCUGCGAGUGACCCUUGCAGGAGGUCCAGCGGGGACACGCACCCCCCACGGCCACCCUGGAGGUGUGCAGAGACCACCUGCUCCCUACGGGGGGAGCCACCAGGGGUCCCCAGGCCGCUGUGCCAUGGAGCCUUGACCCCCUGCGUCUUCCUGCUCAGGGAACCAAACCCCAGCGGUAGUGGACACUGCGUUGGCCGUUGGUCUGCAGAUGCGCAGGACGCCCGAGGAUGCCGGCCCUUGAAGGGUGUUCUUGGUUGGCCAAGGGGCUGCCCAGCCUGUCCCCAGCUGCAGAGGAGCAUUCAGCCAGCUCAGCACCCCCUCCCCCGACUCUGCAGGCCGACACCUCCUUGGGGACAUUGGGGAGGUGACCCUAGUCUGCAAUCCCGGGGUCCCCUCCCUGCACCGGGUCCCUCCGGCCGGCUGCGCGCGGCCAUCUGGGCGGGUUUCGUGUGUGGUCACGCCGGCCACACGGCGGUGCCGGCAAAGGGACCAGGUGACCCUGAGGAGCUACGGGGAUCCUUGGGGAUGACGUCCCCACACACACCCCCCUGCAGGAAGGAGCCGACUCCCGGGGCUUCCGAGAGGCUGCUCAGGGACCCUGUGGUCAAGUCACCGGCGGCGAAACCCAGACCGGUCAGGACCGAGCAGCGGAGACCACGGUGGCUUCACGGAGCAGCUUGCUCGGGGACUUGGAUCCUGCACAUUGUCACCGGGAGGUGCCUCCAGGGCUGGAGGCUUCUCAGCCACAGGCGGGCACCUGGCUGGACCCCGCAUGCCAUUUGGGGACCAGACACCAGUGAAUAGCGUCCUCCUCCAUUCAGGUCUGUGGGUACCUGGUGUGGGAACAGGGUCUCUGCAGAGGUGGUCAGUGGAGGGUCCUGAGAUGGGCUCCUCCUGGGUCAGGGGGCCUCAUGCAAUGGCCGUGUCCUCCCAAGAGACAGAGGAGGGGACACAGACCCAGAGGAGGAGCCCGUGGAGACGGAAGCAGAGACUGCAGUGAGGGGCCACCAGCCCAGGGCCACCUGGAGCCCAGGAGCUGGACAGGCAGGAGGAGCCCCCUGGAGCCCUGGAGGGGGCUCAGCCGGGGACCCUGGUCCAGCCUCUGUCCCCCAGGGACACAUCACCCCUUGGACACUGAAGGUUCCCAAAGCCACAUCCCUGACAGGCCACCAUCUCCAUCCUGUGACAGACCCCGCACCU